UUUUUUUCCUUUUUUAACCGAAGUGGAUCUCAUCUAUGGGGCAACCGCAAAGAUUGAACAAAGUUGGACCGUGGAUCAAACGGUCAUAACCAGCGGCCGCCAAGCCCGCCACUGCCACGAAGGCCCAAAACACAACUAUCAAGUCUCAACCCAAAAGGAAAAGAGCUGGGCCCAAAGAGUUGUGGGCCGCAAACCACGUGGCAAAUUCUCAUUCCAGUGCAAUAAAUUAAAAAAAAUGAUCAACAUAUGCGGAAUGGACCAUUCACCCCUGCAAAAGCGCAAAUAACACGUAAAACGACGACGACGUGCCUCCAAACGUGCACCGGAAUGGGUCCCCUGCGCAUGUUUUUGAUUAUUCAGGUAGACUCUCAAAAUCAUCUCUAUUAUUUAUCCCCUCGGAAAACAACUCUUAUUCUACGCUUCCAUGGCUAACUUGCGUCGUAGGAGUCGCUUGACCAUCCCUGCGCCACCUCCUUCUCCGAUCCCCACCGGCAGAGGGUCACGCUCGGCGGGAAACAAGACUCUAUCGCACUACCUCGAGAAGACAUCGCAAGUACCAGAGCUGAGUCUGCCGGAACCUCAUUUUCCGCCAAUCGCGAGUCAGAAGAUCCCGGAGAGCAUAGAUUACAGGUUGCUAACGUCUCGCUCCAGCGAUUCCUUGGAUCGGCUGCUCAUAUCGGCGAGGGAAUUCGGUGCGUUUAGGGCCACUUGUCACGGGAUUGAUGGAGAAGAGUUAAGAUUACUGAUCGAAGAAAAUAAAGAGGCUUUUCGAGUUAGGGAUGAAGAAGACACGGUACUCAGGAGAGAUUCUGGAGGCGGAGAUGAGAGGAGUGAUGAGGAGAUUGUGUGGGUUCGCCCGGGGACGGAGAGAAGGGCCUGGGCGCGAGAAUUCGUCGGGACGGAAUCGCAUCGAAGUUUUCGUGAAAACACAGGGAAUGUUUCCACUAAAAUUGAAAGAAUCGCAGAAGAUUUACUUCAAAUUAUGGAAGAAAACAUACCCAAUAAGCAAAUUAGGAAGAGAAAGCCAGAGAUGGAAUCAGUAAUUAGCUUCCGCAGACACAAACACGUUGACAUAAUUGAACAAACUAGUCCACCUACAUCAUCAAAGAACACAAACAGCAAAUCUAGUGAUUAUAUCUUAAGCCUCAUACUUCCUUCCAGCAAAUCUAAAGUCAGCAUUCAAACAGAGAGUGGUCCAAUUUGUUUCUAUUUAGGCCCUGACACUAUUUUGGCCACUUUCGGCAAGCAGAUUGAGGAAUGGAGUUUGGGAGUAUUCAAAUGCGUUUCAGGGGAUGAUGAUAUGACGUGUGAGCCGGAUCUCCUUGAAGAAGCUUCUUUCACGAUACAGCUCAAAAGGUUUUCUCUCAGUUCAGAGAACAGUUUUGAGAGGGGAAAAACAAUCUCCAUAGCAUGUCAGAUGCUAAUUGCGUUCCUGCUAUACAAUAUAUUUGUGUUUAUUUCUUCUAAAGCUUGAAAGUAGAGGAAAUUUAUUGCAGAGAGCAGUAUCGAUCUUUAUGUUUCUUUUUCUGUAUAUUAUAAGGAGUGUGGUUCUUUUGUUUUGGGUCAUAAGAACCAAGGUGUGGUGUGGAACUUGAGGGUUGAACUUUGAAAUGUGAGUUUUGUGAUACACAUAUUGACAUGAAUGAAUGAAAAUUUGCUUUGCU